AUGUUCUCAUUCAUCUUACUGUUCUUUGCCUUUGUGGGCAAUGCUACGGCUUUCUACCUACCUGGUGUAGCACCCCAUGAUUACAGAGAAGGAGAUCCCGUUGAACUAGUAGUAAAUUCUUUAACACCAAUUAUUGGACCUAAUACACAACAAUUAAAAUCUGUUAUACCAUAUGAUUAUUAUCAUGAACAAUUACAUUUCUGUCUACCGACGGUAAAGGAAGGACAAUCUGAAUCGUUAGGAAGUAUUUUAUUCGGUGAUCGUAUCUUUAAUUCACCUUAUGAGCUUCGUAUGUUGCAAGAACAACAUUGUUCAGUUUUAUGUCAAGUAACUGUUCCCCAAAAAGAUGCCAAAUUCAUUAAUGAUAGAAUCCGUGAGAAUUACGCAAUAAAUUGGCUUAUUGAUUCAUUACCAGCUGCUAGAUCGAAAACAGAUCCCAGAUCGGGCGAACAAUUUUAUAGUAUCGGUUUUGAAUUGGGCGAUCAACAAAAUCAUCAGACCAGACCACAAUUAUAUAAUCAUUAUCAAAUAAAAAUCGAGUAUCAUACCCAAGACAACAUUCAUUAUAGAGUUGUGGGUGUAUUGGUUACGCCAAAAAGUAAAAAAACAACACUAAGCAAAAAUGAAACAAAUUGCGAAACUAAAGAACAAUUAACAUUGAAUGAGAAUACAGAUAAUACUAUAGUUUAUACUUAUGACGUAGAGUGGGCACCAUCAGAUAAAGCUUGGGCAACACGUUGGGAUAGUUAUUUGCAUGUGUUUGAUCCAAAAAUUCAUUGGUUUAGUUUAGUGAAUUCGAUAGUAAUUGUACUAUUUUUGACCGGUAUGGUCGCAAUGAUAUUGCUUCGUGCCCUGCAUAAAGAUAUUUCCAGAUAUAAUCAAAUUGAUGCUCAGUUAGUCCACGGUGAUGUAUUUCGACCACCGACUAAUACUAUGUUAUUGGCUGUUUUAUUGGGUAGUGGAGCACAAUUAUUUUUUAUGACUGCUGUGACUUUGGUGUUUGCUGUUCUCGGUUUUCUAUCACCGUCAAACCGUGGAUCCCUUGCUACUGUCAUGAUAAUACUAUAUAUGCUAUUUGCAAGUGUAUCAGGCUAUGUAUCAGCCCGUGUUUACAAAAUGUUUGGCGGCGAGUCGUGGCGUAAAAAUGUCUUCUUGACUGCUUUCCUUUUUCCUUUACUCAUUUUCUCAAUCUUUGUCUUUUUAAACUUUUUCCUCGUUUCCGUGAAAUCUUCUGGCGCCGUACCAGCUCCCACUUUAUUUAUCAUAAUAGCAUUAUGGUUUUUAAUAUCAGUUCCUCUAAGUCUCAUUGGCUCAUUUUUCGGAUUUAAAAAACCGAGAAUAGAACAUCCAGUUCGAACCAACCAAAUACCACGACAAAUUCCUGAUCAAGUAUUUUAUCUGCGCCCUAUUCCAUCAUUGUUGAUGGGCGGUGUUCUCCCGUUUGGCGCAAUCUUUAUUGAACUUUACUUUAUCAUGAGUAGUAUUUGGGGUAGUAAAGUGUAUUAUCUGUUUGGAUUUUCGUCGUUAGUGUUUGUUGUUUUGACGAUCACUUGCUCGGAAGUUACUAUUCUCUUGUGCUAUUUCCACUUAUGUGCUGAGGGACGAUUGGGUAUCUCGCGUGUUUGGUAUUCAUUAGAAGAAUAUUCAAAAGUAUAA